GUGUGAACAGCAUUGAUUGACGGAAGGGACUAUGACGACAACAAUGCCUCACUACGAUGUUUCAAGGCAUGUAUUUGUUCAGAGGGGAGGGAAGCAAGACCAGCUUCACUUCUGAGGAGUCCGGUAGCGGAGCCGGAGGCCCCGGGGGUUGGCUGGCCGGUGCGGGGGGACGGGACUCGCGGGACCUGCCGUGUUGGCCAGCCAGGCAACCACGACAGCAGCGCUCACAACUUUCAAGAUUCCAGUCUCUGACAAAGAGCACCACAAAACAUCAACACAAACAUCCUCAUCAGCGAAAAUACAAUGGCCUCCUCUCAGCCCCCCCUCGUCCUCGAGCCCUGCACGCUGGACGACAUGCCCCUGCUCUCGGCCGUCUGGUUCGCCGCCUUCACCGACCCGGGCCUGCGCCGCCUGUGGCCCGACACGCCGCUGGUCCGCGCCUGGUGGGACCGCAGCAACACGUCCGACUUUGUCCACCGCGCCGACCGCCAGGUCUUCCUCAAGGUGGUCGACCCAUCCACGCUCGACCCGGCCACGAACCGCCCGCGCAUCGCCGCCUAUGCCAAGUGGGACCUGUGCACCCCCGAAGAGCGCGGCAGCCGGUACCCGCCCUGGUGCGCCGACAUGCCCGGCGACGAGUGCGAGGUGUUCUUUGCGCGCGAGGAGCAGGAGCGGCAGCGGGUCAUGGGCGGAGAGCGGCACUACUACCUCGACACGCUGGCGACGCACCCAGACUACCAGCGCCGCGGGGCCGGGUCGAUGCUGGUGCGCUGGGGCGUGGCGAGGGCCGAGCACGACGGCGUGGGUGUGUACCUCGACGCCAGCAAGGAAGGAGCACCGCUGUAUGCAAAGUGCGGGUUUGCCGACGAGAGCCUGCCCGGCGCGGGGGAUGUGGCGUCCAUGGCGAUUCACCGCAGGUCAUGAUGGCUGUAGAUAGACAGACACAGGGAGACAAAGUCAAAGGCACAGAGACAGAGAGAGAGACAGCCUGAGAGACAUUAGAGGGCGGAGAUAAGGCUAGACCAGAUAGAGCGAGUGUUAUCUCCGCAGCGCUUCGGCUCGGCCGCGGAGCACAAUCCGCACUGCCCGUUGAUUGCCACACUCUGCCUGUGUCAUCACUUUGACCUCGUCACCACC